ACACCGCACGGGGGACGUUCUCUCUUUGCUUUCCAGCCCAUUGCCCAGGGGACCAAGAUCUUUGCACGUGAAGUUCCUUUUGCGCAUGUGAUUUACAAAGAUUAUCGCAGGGAGGUCUGUGCUCAGUGUUUCGCUUAUGCAGCAAGUACUUCCCGAAGUAUCGGCGAUUCACGG